GAAGAGACUGGCCCCAGCAGAAUGAAUGCAGGACCGCCGUUCGAGUCGACCACAUUCUCUUCUUGGAAGGCAUUUGACGUUUAUUUCAGCUCUUACGAGGCUAAGACAUGCCAGAUGUUUCGCAUUCGCUCAAACAAGACUGUAAAAGCUCGAAACAAGAUCAUCACGCAAGAGAACUCGACAGCUUCCUUGAUUCCUGAAGCGUGGGAAUAUUACGCCAAAACGUUUGAGUGUACCCAUGCAGGGACGUACAAAGGCCGCGGUCAGGGAAAGCGGCCUUGCCAGCAGGCACGAUCCCUCAACUGCAAAGCACAGAUAAAUCUAUGUGUCCGCCGGCCGCGUGGGCAAGAUACAAUCCAGCUUUACGUGACCAAGCAAAACGUCGUUCACAACCACCCUCUUUUGCGCGAAACGUUUGUGCAAUAUCCAAAGACAAGACUAGCUAUACCGGAAGAUGUGAUGAAUACUGUCGACAUCUUACAGCGUUCUGGGGUGAAAAACAAAAGGAUUCUCAAGUACGUACGGGAAAACACAGAUUGCCAGCCGUUCCCUCACGACAUGAAUAUGGUAGCGAAUAUGAAGGCCAGAGAGUCUGGGUCCAGUAGGGUUGCCGAGCGAUUACACAAGUGGAUGGUGGAGUUCUCAGAUGAACCUGGGAAUAUUGGUCGAAUUUUUAUUGACGUGCAGAAUGGAAAAGUGCGCAAUGGCUUGCUUGUAAAGUUUAGACUAGCACAAUGUUUCGCAGAAAAUCGCGACUUGUAUCACUAUGCAGACUCGCAUGAUGCGUGA